UGCAGAGGGGAUCUAUUCUUAGGCUGUCUGUCCAGGCCAUCCGAGCAGGCAAGAACUCUCCUCCUUCUGCUUUUAAGACUUUUUUUUACUUAUUUUGUCAGUGUAAACAGGGGUGGGAUUGAACUAUUUGUUUUUUUCUUUUAAGUCUGAUUCAUUCUGUGAGGCUCCUCGGUGCCUGCCCGUACCCGGGUGUUUGGUCAUCCCGACUAUAGGGAGAAGAACUGAAAGGAAAGAAAGGACUUUACUGAUCCGAGAAGAAGCUUUUCACUUUAAACUCUCUUCGAAAUGAGCAAUUACACAGUAACCCUGUCAGGACCUGCACCAUGGGGCUUCAGGCUGCAGGGAGGCAAAGACUUCAACAUGCCCCUGACCAUCUCCCGGAUCACACCAGGCAGCAAGGCAGCAAGCGGAAACCUCAAUCAGGGUGACAUCAUUACAGCAAUAGAUGGGGUUAGCACUGAAGGCAUGACCCAUCUGGAUGCCCAAAACAAGAUAAAGGCAGCCACCACCAAACUCGUCCUCACUAUGCAGAGGUCGAGACGUCCCGCUCCUGUACCCACAGCUACUCCAAGAAUGGACUCACCCAUGCCAGUUAUCCCUCACCAGAAGGAAACCAUGGACACUGAGGAAGGAGAAGAUGAUGAGAAACCUGUCAAAAAAUAUGGCAUCCUCUUGGCCAAAAAACCUUCCAAAAAGUCUCUUAUUCCAAACACUGAGAAGCAACCUCAAGAGAAUGUAAUUCAUUCUCCUGCUAAAAGCCCUGUCCCUUCUAAUUUGUCAUUCGGCCAAGGGGCAAAAAAUACCCCAAACCAGAGGGGACAGUAUAAUUCUCCCAUAGGCCUGUAUUCAGCAGAAACUUUAAGGGAAAUGGUCAUGCAACAAGACAGUCUAAAUGGCCUGCCAUUGUUGGGCUCACUUCCUAUUAAAGACCCUCUUGUGGAUAGUGCUUCUCCAGUGUACCAGGCCGUAAUCAAACCUGACGAUAAGGAGCCGGAGAUGUCUGAAUGGGCCCGUCGCGCUGCCAACCUGCAGUCCAAGUCCUUCCGCAUCCUGGCUCAUAUCACAGGAACGGAGUAUUUGCAAGAUCCAGAUGAAGAGGCUCUUAGAAAAUCAAGGGAGAAAUUUGAAUCAGAGGUAAAAGGCCCACGAUUUGCCAAACUGAAAAACUGGCACCACGGCCUAUCUGCACAGAUCCUUAACAUCCAGGGGUAAAUGCCUCCUAAUGUUGCUGGACAGAAGUUGAGGCAACAAUCAACAAAGAAUCCAGAAGACGAUGUAAAAUGAGGGUGCAAUAGGCAGAGAGAAGUAGUUUAGUGACUGGAAUGUGAGUUAGAGUUAUAAACUAGCCUGUAAGUGAACACACAAAGCUCCUGUGUUUGAUGUUCAUAUGUCUGUUUGUUUCAUGUAACUUUCAGUCACUGAAACAUAGUGCAUAGUGCUUAGUUGUCAUUUUCUUUUUCAUUUUAUGUUUCUCUUUUUCUUCUCUUUUGUUUAUCUUUUCUCUUUUUUCUUCUCUCUUCUUCUCCUGUUUAUCCUAAAUUAUUGCUGAAUAAUGAAUUGCCUGAAUGAAUUGCUGAUGUAAAAAAAAAAAAAGCUAACCCUGAGAGAAAUUAUAAGAUUAUGUACCACAUCCACUGCAAUAAUCCACACCACAGCACAUAUUGAAAUACAAACCAAAUGUACUAUUGUUAAUGUGAAUAAAACAUUAUUACUUUUAACCAAAUAAACAAAA